AUGACCGACGACCUACCCGCCCAUAGGACUGCCAAACUGGGCUGUGGCCACCGAAUGUGCCACUCCUGUCUCAAACGCCAGUUCGUCCUCUCUGUAAAUGACCCUGCACACAUGCCGCCGACGUGCUGCACUGCCGAGCACAUUCCCCUCAAAUACGUAGAGCGCCUCUUCGACGAUAAAUUCAAGAAAUUGUGGAAUAAGAAGUUCCAGGAAUAUACCACGAAGAAUCGAAUAUACUGUCCCACGAGGGGAUGUGGAGAAUGGAUUAAACCGUCGAAGGUACGGAUGGAUUUAACGGUUGGGCGAAAGUACGCGCAAUGUGGACGGUGCAGGACGAGAGUCUGUGUGCUAUGCAACGGGAAAUUCCACAUGAAGAAGGAAUGUCCAAAAGACGAGGAGACAAAGCAACUCGUUGAGAUGGCGCACCAAAAGGGAUGGCAGCGGUGCUACAACUGCAAAACGAUGGUUGAGCUGAAGGAGGGUUGUAAUCACAUGACCUGCCGCUGUACAGCUCAAUUCUGUAUGCUCUGCGCCGCCCGCUGGAAAACAUGCAACUGCCCCUGGUUCAACUACACCAACCUCGACGACGGCGACCGCCUCAACGAAAUGCGCGUCCCAUAUGACCCUCAAAACCAAGUAGUCGUCGAAAUCCCUACUGCGCGUCCUCGCGGCUUCACCAACUGGAGUACUCGUGAUCGCCGCGCCCAGGAGCGCGCCGACGAGGCUCUCGCCCGGCACCUGCAGUCGCAGUUGCAGCUGAGUUCCACACCCACACCCUCAGACGGACGUGGUGCGACCGUUCAAGUGUACGGGGUUGGUAACGCCGGCUCUCACCAUCUCAACGAGUCGUAUGCCGUCCGCCCACUGCCAUCCGCCGCCCCGAGGGCCGCGGUCUCGUCGCCACCUGCGCCGCCUCCCAUAUAUCGGAGACGGCUCCCGGGGACUCGAGAACUGGGUUACGAGGAGCCCAUCGCCAUCCCGCGGCCACCACCAGAGCCGGAACCGGCGCCCCCCAAUGCCGCUAGGAUGGCUGGGCUCGCGAAAGAUGGGAGUCGCCGUGGAGCAGCGCGCGUGAAUGUCUGGCUGCAGCAUGUGCAGUAUGAUCCCGCGGAGGUGGAAGGUAGGGGGUCUAUCAGCGUGGGUGGUGGGGACGACUGGUAG